AGAGAGCGGUGAGAAAACAUCCAAAUGAGCUUCCUAAAUGAGGCGCGGAGGGACGCGGGUGGACGGACGAGAUGAGGAACAAACAAGCUUUAAUCUGACACCUUCAUUCAUUAAGCAGAUUCAUCGGGGCCCCCGCGACUUAAUGGACACACGAACACAGGCUGGUACAUGUCCGAGCAAUCCCGCCGGCCAGGGGAACGUAUUAACCCGCCGCCCGCUCCUCAUGAGACCAAAGGUUUCCGUUAAUGAACAUCCAGGAAGGAGCACUCGGUCUCCGUCUGACAUGUUUCUUUGUUAAGUACAAAAACAAACAAGAAGAAGAGGGGUGCAUAUAUAACUGCACCCUCCAGAUUUGUUGGAGGAGAAGAGUGUGAUUUUCUGUCUUGUCACGGCUGCUGCAGACCGGUGAGUAAAUUUACUGCUCUGACGCAUUUUAACAACAUUUCAAGCGAAAUUUUGCUUUUAAUCCUAUUUUUUCUUUCAGGACAAUAAUGGAGAACAUCACUCAUCUCCAGAGCAUCUCCUCUCAAGCGUUCCCUCUUUUCCUACGACUUUCCCAGAACUUUUCAACUGCUCCUCUUUCCAAUUCCACCUCCUCUUCUCCUCCUCCUCCUCCACCCGGUGACUCGGUGGUCUCCCCUAACGUGGCGUACACCGCUGCCGAGCUGGCCAUCGCCUUCCUCUCCGCCGCGGGCAACGCGCUCGUCUGCGCCGCCGUGGCCCUCAACCGCAGGCUGCGCACCGUCACCAACUACUUCCUGGUCUCGCUGGCCGUCGCCGACAUCUGCGUGGGCGCCGUCGCCAUCCCCUGCGCCGUCCUGACGGGCGUCGGCUUGCCGCGCCACAACCUCUACCUGUGCCUGCUCAUGCUCAGCGUGCUGAUCAUGUUCACCCAGAGCUCCAUCUUCAGCCUGCUGGCGGUGGCCGUGGAGCGCUACGUCGCCAUCUUCAUGCCCUUCCGCUACCAGGUCCUGAUGACGCCGCGCAACGCCGCGCUGGUGAUCCUCGCCACGUGGCUGCUGUCCUUCCUCAUCGGGCUCGUGCCCCUCAUGGGCUGGCACAAGGCGCCGCCCGACUCGGGCCACUGCUUCUUCGUCCUGGUGGUGGACAUGACUUACAUGGUCUACUUCAACUUCUUCGCGUGCGUGCUCGCGCCCCUGGUCAUCAUGUUCCUCAUCUACGCCCAGAUCUUCGUCGCGGUCAAGCGGCAGGUGAGGCGCAUCAAGUGCGAGCAGGGGGGCAGGGGGGAGGGGCAGGCGAGGGCGGCGGCCAGCAUGAGGCGAGAGAUGAAGACGGCCACUUCGCUCUUCCUGGUUCUGUUCCUGUUCACUGUCUGCUGGAUCCCGCUUCACAUCAUCAACUGCUUCCUGCUGCUCUGCCCGCGCUGCCCCGUGCCCCUGGAGCUGCUGCUCACCGCCAUCAUCCUGUCGCACGCCAACUCCGCCGUCAACCCCUUCCUGUACGCGUACACCAUGACGGCUUUCAGGGACACUUUCAAGGCGAUUUUCUUGUGCUGCAGGACAGCGGGAGACAAGGAGGCUUCAAAUCUGAAUAACGGUGGCGAAGAUAAAGCUGAAGGGAAUAAAGCUUCCUAAAAAGUUAAGAUUCACAGCGCGGGGACGCCUCAAGCCUGCAAAAAAAAUGACA